GCGGCCAAACCUCCUGAGGCCGGGGGCGGCAGGCGGGCCCGCAGCCUAUCCCGGAUCCGGAAUCUCCCGGGCCAGGAGCGGAAUCGGGGUCGGCCCUGGCCCAGAGCAGGCCAGAAAGGAACUCGCGAACUUGGACUAGGAAAUCCCGGAACCCGGAACUCGGAAUUAGGAUCGGAAAGUCCCGGAUCGCGGAGCGCAGCGCGCGGAGCGGACUCGACGCGGAGCCCGGAGGCCCGCACGGGACGGAGCGAUGUCGGGCCGUGGCGCGGGCGGGUUCCCGCUGCCCCCGCUGAGCCCUGGCGGCGGCGGCGCCGUGGCAGCCGCCCUGGGAGCGCCGCCUCCCCCGGCGGGACCCGGCAUGCUGCCGGGCCCGGCGCUCCGGGGCCCGGGGCCGGCUGGCGGCGUGGGGGGCCCCGGGGCCGCCGCCUUCCGCCCCAUGGGCCCCGCGGGCCCCGCGGCGCAGUACCAGCGGCCUGGCAUGUCACCAGGGAGCCGGAUGCCCAUGGCUGGCUUACAGGUGGGACCCCCUGCUGGCUCCCCGUUCGGCACAGCGGCUCCACUGCGACCCGGCAUGCCACCCACCAUGAUGGAUCCAUUCCGAAAACGCCUGCUCGUGCCCCAGGCCCAGCCUCCGAUGCCUGCCCAGCGCCGAGGGUUGAAGAGGAGGAAGAUGGCAGAUAAGGUUCUACCUCAGCGAAUCCGGGAGCUGGUCCCAGAGUCUCAGGCAUACAUGGAUCUCCUGGCGUUUGAGCGGAAGCUGGACCAGACCAUUGCUCGAAAGCGCAUGGAGAUCCAGGAGGCCAUCAAGAAGCCUCUGACGCAAAAGCGAAAGCUUCGGAUCUACAUUUCCAACACAUUCAGUCCCAGCAAAGCCGAAGGGGAUAGUGGGGGAACUGCCGGGACCCCUGGGGCAGCCCCCGCAGGAGACAAGGUGGCUUCCUGGGAACUCCGAGUGGAAGGAAAACUGCUGGAUGAUCCUAGCAAACAGAAGAGGAAGUUCUCUUCAUUCUUUAAGAGCCUCGUCAUUGAGUUGGACAAGGAGCUGUACGGGCCUGACAACCACCUGGUGGAGUGGCACCGGAUGCCCACCACCCAGGAGACAGAUGGCUUCCAGGUGAAACGGCCUGGAGACCUCAAUGUGAAGUGCACCCUCCUGCUCAUGCUGGAUCAUCAGCCUCCCCAGUACAAAUUGGACCCCCGACUGGCAAGGCUGCUAGGAGUGCACACACAGACCAGGGCUGCCAUCAUGCAGGCCCUGUGGCUUUACAUCAAACACAACCAGCUACAGGAUGGGCACGAGCGCGAGUACAUCAACUGCAACCGUUACUUCCGCCAGAUCUUCAGCUGUGGCCGACUCCGUUUCUCUGAGAUUCCCAUGAAGUUGGCUGGGCUGCUGCAGCAUCCAGAUCCCAUUGUUAUCAACCACGUCAUCAGUGUGGAUCCUAACGACCAGAAGAAGACGGCCUGUUAUGACAUAGAUGUGGAAGUGGACGACCCACUGAAAGCCCAGAUGAGCAAUUUUCUGGCUUCUACCACCAAUCAGCAGGAAAUCGCCUCCCUUGACGUCAAGAUCCAUGAGACCAUAGAGUCCAUCAACCAGCUGAAAACCCAGAGGGACUUCAUGCUGAGCUUUAGCACCGACCCCCAGGACUUCAUCCAGGAGUGGCUCCGUUCCCAGCGCCGCGACCUCAAGAUCAUCACUGAUGUGAUCGGCAAUCCUGAGGAGGAGAGGCGAGCUGCUUUCUACCACCAGCCCUGGGCCCAGGAAGCAGUGGGGAGGCACAUCUUUGCCAAGGUGCAGCAGCGGCGGCAGGAACUGGAACAGGUGCUGGGAAUCCGCUUGACCUAAGCUGCUCAGGGAUCGCUUCCUUCUUCCCAGCCCAGGAGCCUAGGAGGGGCCCAUCCUCCGGGGCCUGGCUGGGGGGCCAGGGCUGUCUGUCACUCUACUCCCCAACUGUAGUUUCAUAAAUGUAGUGAUAGGAUUCCUUGUUGCUUGGUUCCCAAAGCCUUAUUCCUUACUUUCCAUGUUGGCUUUAAUUGGGUCCGCAGGACGUCUCCUCUGCCCCCUGCAGGCAGGCCUGGAGGCUGUGCUUUGUUUUGGAACCAAAGGCGCUGGGUUUGCAUGUUUACAGGCCCCUCCCCGAGGUGAGCAGAGAGCUGGCUGGGGGAGCUGGGCAAGGAAGAUGAGGCGCAGCCCAGACUCUUCCUGACCUUCUGAAACCAAAGUUCUAUGUCAUUCCUAGAAGCCCAGCUGUGUUGCUGGUUUUUUUCCUUUUCUUUGGGUAUUUGCACUAUUUGGGAGCAGGAUUUUCUAUGUGGGAGCCACUUAUUUUGUACAGGCGUAUGUCGGGAAUUUUCAGGGAGCCCUGUUUGGUGCCUCCUUCCUUUCUUUCCUCAAUCUAUGCAAGCGGCUCCAGCCGCCAUCAUCUCCUAGGAUGCUGGAGGGCAGGGGCGGGCCCGUGAGGACCCUCUGCUGCCCUCUGGAGCUUGGUAGGGAGGGUGGGCCUAGGGUUUGGCAAGUGCCACUUCUGGCAGGUUUGGAAAUUUCCAAAUAAAUCCUUUUGUUUA